AUGCAUCUUUCACUAUGGAAGCCUAUAUCUCACUGUGCCGCAAUCAUAUUCCUGGAGAAGAGAAGCAGGAGGAGAAAGGGCUCUGCUUUCGAUGACGGCAAGCGAAAGCCGUCGACACUGCGCCAGCUGCAAGAGAGCAGGCUUAGAGAGGCUCUAGAAGAAGCUUCCGAAGAUGGGUCCCUCAAGAAGUCCCAAGACAUCGAUACCGAGUCCCCGAAUCAAGACAACAGCAUCGGGAGAUCGAGAUCUCUCGCCAGGCUUCAUGCCCAGAAGGAGUUCCUGCGUGCCACGGCCCUUGCUGCGGAACGCAUUUACGGCAGCGAAGACUCGGUUCCCGAACUAACGGAAGCGUUCAACUUGUUCCUCACAAUGUACCCCAAGUUCGAGUCCACUGAGAGAAUCGACCAUUUGAGAUCGAACGAGUAUGGACACCUCUCCGAAGCUUUUGCCAAGGUAUGUCUCGAUUACUGCGGAUUCGGGUUGUUCUCUUAUGUUCAGACCCAGCAGUGUUGGGAGUCGUCAGCAUUUACCUUGUCCGAGAUAACGGCGAAUUUGAGUAACCAUGCUUUGUAUGGCGGGGCUGAGAAAGGUAGUGCGGAACAUGAUAUCAAGACUAGGAUCAUGGAUUACUUGAAUAUUCCUGAAAAUGAAUAUGGACUUGUGUUUACCGAGAGUAGAGGGUCUGCAUUUAAGUUACUGGCCGAGUCUUAUCCUUUCCAUACAAAUAAGAAGCUGCUGACCAUGUUCGAUCACGAGAGCCAAUCUGUCAAUUGGAUGGCUCAGAGUGCUAAAGAAAAAGGUGCUAAGGUACAUAGCGCCUGGUUCAAAUGGCCUACUUUGAAACUUUGCUCCAGGGAGCUGAGGAAGCAAAUAUCAAGUAAGAAAAGGAGGAAGAAGGAUUCUGCCGUUGGGCUUUUCGUAUUUCCUGUUCAGUCUAGAGUAACUGGCGCCAAGUACUCUUACCAGUGGAUGGCACUUGCACAGCAGAACAAUUGGCAUGUAUUACUUGAUGCUGGUUCACUGGGUCCCAAGGACAUGGAUUCUCUCGGUCUCUCCCUCUUCCGACCGGAUUUUAUCAUCACGUCGUUUUACAGGGUGUUUGGGGCUGACCCAACAGGAUUUGGAUGCCUCUUGAUAAAAAAGUCUGUGAUGGCCAGCCUGCAAAACCAGUCAGGACGCACUGGCACUGGAAUGGUGAAGAUCGUCCCCGUGUUUCCCCAAUAUUUGAGUGAUUCUAUGGAAGGUCUUGAUGUAUUUGCCGGAUUUGAAGAUGAAGUGAUGAAUGUUAAAGAAGAACCUACACCUGAAGCUCAAGGUGGGUCAAGUAUGCCUGCAUUUUCAGGUGUCUUUACAUCCAACCAAGUGAGAGAUGUCUUUGAGACUGAGAUGGAACAAGAUAACAGUUCAGAGAGGGAUGGGGCAAGCACCAUAUUUGAGGAAACGGAGAGCAUUUCGGUUGGAGAGGUCAUGAAGAGCCCUAUAUUUAGUGAAGAUGAUUCUUCUGACAAUUCAUACUGGAUCGACCUAGGUCAAAGUCCCUUUGGUUCUGACCACUCUGGCCAAUUUAGCAGGCACAAAACGAGCCCACCAUUGCAGCAGUCGUGGAUUUCUGUCAGGAGAAACAAUAAGCGUGUCUCACCUAAGCCUGCAUCAAGGAUAUCUAUGAGCCCCAUUUACGAUGAGCGCAGGGUCAAUCUCAAGCUGCAGGAAGAUCCCGUGUUGUCUUUUGAUGCAGCUGUGCUAUCAGUGUCGCAGGAGUUGGAUCGCGUGAAGGGAAUUCCUGAAGAGGAAGAGCUAGAUUCUGCUGUCGGAAGCAGGGAAGCUUCUGCGAUCUCCCAUUGUUCAGGGGAGAUACAGGAAGAACGUGAAAUCCAGGGCGAACCUGGGUUGAACGGUUCCAAGUUGAGCGCCAGCAUAAAUGGAUUCACGUCCAGUCAGCAUCAUGGUCUCCAGAAUGGCCAAGUGGAGAGUUCCUUGAAAUCGGACUUUUGCCGAGAAGUGAAAGAAAGUGCUAUUAGGAGAGAGACAGAGGGUGAGUUCAGACUUUUGGGUGGAAGAGAAAGAAGUAGAUUCUCCAUGUUAGAAGACAGUAACCGGUUUGCGAGCAUGGGUCGCAGGGUAUCUUUCAGUGUGGAAGACAACCACACGGGAAGCUCGAGCCACUUGUAUCAUCCCGGGGAAGCUUCCAUGACUUCUCUUGGCGAUGAUGAUUCGCUGAGCAACGGGGACUAUGACGAUGGGCAAGAGUGGGGAAGACGAGAGCCGGAGGUAAUCUGCCGGCAUCUUGAUCACGUGAACAUGUUAGGUCUCAACAAAACCACUUCAAGACUACGCUUUUUGAUCAAUUGGCUCGUCACUUCCUUACUUCAACUGCAGUUACCCAAUUCAAAUGGGUCUGUUAAACUUCCCCUUGUACAAAUAUAUGGCCCCAAGAUUAAGUACGAGAGAGGCGCCGCUGUGGCAUUUAAUAUACGAGACAGUGGAGGAGGGUGGGUCCACCCAGAAAUUGUUCAGAAGCUGGCUGAGAAGAAUGGAAUAUCGCUAGGGGUCGGAAUUCUUAGCCACAUACGGAUAGUAGAUGGGCCAAAACAGCGACUUGGUCCUCUUGAUCCUGAGUCUAUGGCCUUGUGCAAGCCGAUGGCGAAUGGAUACCAGGGAGGGAAGAAUGCUUUCUUCCGAGUUGAGGUUGUUACCGCGUCGCUCGGUUUCCUGACCAACUUCGAGGAUGUCUACAAGAUGUGGGCAUUUGUUGCCAAAUUCCUUAGUCCUUCGUUCGUGAGCGCGGAUGCUUUGUCUACCGUCCCAGAGGAAUCGGAAACGUAG